AAGUUAUUAUAUAAAAUGAAGUUUGAGGAUUUCAAAAAUCAUUCAAAAAAUAUAUUGAUUUGACAGUCAUUCAGGCGGUCAGACAGUCAGUCAAAUGAAGUCAUCCCGGGAUUUGUUAAAGCAAUACAAUGACAAUCCGAUCAGCGGAUGGGAUCUUAUUGUUAUUUCAUCGAGAGAUGAACGUCAAAGAAGUGCCUUUGAGAGACAAUUAGAUGAAAUGAAACAAAACAAUCGGCAUUUUAUUACCGAUGAGUUCAACUUUUUGGUUGUCUCUGACGAACAAUUUGUGAGGCAAACCAACGGAACUAAGAAGUUAGGUUCAGGCGGUUCCACACUAUUUAUAUUUCGCUAUCUAUUGGAACAGUUUGGCGAUAAUUAUAUCUCCAAUCAUAAGAUAUUGUUAAUACAUUCCGGAGGUUAUAGUCAACGAUUACCUCACUAUUCAAUUUUGGGUAAACUCUUCUCCAAUCUUCCCAUUGAACUUAACAGCGAUGAUAACAAAUAUUGGACGGCACUGGAUGUAAAACUGGCACUUCUGGCACCGUUCGCAACAUUGAUGUCCACUGGCGUCUGGAUUACAGCGUCCGACGAUAUUGUAAUCUAUUCCUAUGACGAGUCAGAGAUGAAAAAUUUAUCGCAAUUUGCGAGCGAUAGUAUCGUUUGUUUGGGACAUCCAUCCGAUGUGGACAUAUCGGUAACUCAUGGCGUCUAUGUAUUAGACGACCAAACGCUACCAAUGAUAAACAGUAGAACUGUUUCAAUGCAUAACUGUCUUCAAGUGCUGCAAAAGCCGACUGUUGACGAGUUGACCAAAUUUGGUGCAUUUGUCCUCAACGGCACACUACAGCACUGCAUAACCGACAGUUCCUAUUACUUGGGAUCUGAUGUUAUCGUAGACCGACUACUCAAAUAUCCAGUUCAUAGUCUAGAUGAAGAGCUUGACUGUUACGGACACUUUCUGUGUCCACUUGGCUCCGAUCCCGUCAGCAAUUAUGGCGACAAUAAGUUCAAAUCACCGUUGAAUCAACUGCUCAGUGAUGUCCAUUUCAAAGUAUUAGUGUUGAGUCAAUCAAAGUUUAUUCAUUUGGGAACUAUUGGCGAAUAUAUUUACGAAAUGACUGAUUAUAGUGAUAAAGAAUUGGCUAAAAGUUUGUGCUUCAGAUCCCAAAAUCAUAGCGACAGCGAUGUCAUCAAAGGGACAGUGAUUUGCAGUCAAAUAAAUGUAGAUUCAGUGGUCGACAGGCAUAGUGUGGUCGAGUUCUGCAAUUUCGCUGACAUUCCUAUCGUCACAAAUCGUAAUCUUCUCUACAAUUGUAUUCUUGAGAAGCGAACCGAUAGAUCGCUUGAAGUACUCAAGUUUCCGGUUAACUAUUUGCUAUAUUCAGUGCCCGUUACCAUCGAUGACGGUGUCAACGGUUGGUGCACAUUAGGCUGUUGUCUCGAUAGUCAAUUAAAGUCCGAGUUAUGGUCAUCGAACAUAUUUCCCGUUUGUGAGACCAACGAGAAGUCUUUGUUAGCAACUCUCGAGCUAAUCGAUGGCAACUUUAAUGACCUGAGUUUGUCAACAAAUGUCACUAAAUUAUCGAUGUCUUCAGUAAAAGACUGGCAAAACACUCAACUUAUAGUUGAAAUGCGAUUGCCUGAUCUGGUGAGUGUGGUGUUAGAGGGUUAG